UUCUGUUGAGAAUUGUUGAGAAGAAGAGAAAAUUGUGUUGGAAAUUAAUUCUCUCUCUUCUGUGGGUUAAAAGAAUGUUUCUACGAGGUUUUACACUAAUUUGGGUUCUCACAGUUUUAUUGGCACUUUUUGUGUUAAAAAUUCAAUCUGCUGACAAAAAAAUAAUUGUACAUUAUGGAAAUAGAACGUUUGAUAUAACUUCUUUUGUUCCACAUCAUCCUGGAGGUCCAUUAGUAUUAAAACACGCAAAUGGUAAAGACGUAACUGAAUUUUUGGCCGGUAAAAAAGGGAUAGUAUUAACAGAAGAAGGCGGCAGAAAAGUACAACAUCAUCACGGUUCUGGAGCCUUUAAUGUUUUAAAUUCUUUGGAAAUUAAGGUAAAAAUAAAUAUAAAAUUAUUUAAAUUUAAAUAUAUAUUUAAAAAUAAUAAUUUUUUGAAAUUUAAAUCAAAAUUAAUUUUUAAUCUUUUUUAA